AUGUUUUGCAAUAAAAAAUUUAUAAUAGUAACAUUUACUGAAUCUCAUUUACCUUCAUUUAAAUUAUAUGAAAUGCUGAAAAGGCAUCCUUCGGAUUUAGUAAACGUAGAAUACUGUAAAACUUUUUCUACAACAAAAUACGGUAAAAAUGGACAAAUUAAAAAACUUUGUAAAGCAUAUAUAAAUUAUCUAGUAAAAAAAGAACGAAUAAGGAGUAAACCUGAAUUCAUGGAAAUGAAUUGUAAUAUUUUAACCUAUUGGUUAUAUAAUGAACUAUCAAGAACUUAUCAUAUGGAUAAAACAAAUUGUUUUAAUGCAUUAUCAGAUAUUAACGAUAUGUGGAUUCUUGGUACUAAAUUCGUAACAGAUUCCAAGGCUUGCAGUUGUAAACCUUAUCUUAAAAUUACUAGUUAUCACGAUAAUUGGGAUCAUGCUAAAAAACUGUUUGAUUAUUCUAUGGAUUUUAAUUAUCUUAGGGAUAUGAAAAAUGAUUUUAACGAAAAGUGUGAUAAAUUAUGUACAUACCUCAAUGAGAUAGCUGAUAUAUAUAAGAAAUAUAAAGAUGUGUGUAUUCUUAAGAAUGAACAGAUGUGCCCUGUUUGGGGGAUUGAAUACGAAAAUUACAAUCCAGAAGAUUUUUUAGAUAUAUUUAAAUGUCGUGAUGAUGAAGAGGAACCAGUUACUAUUGAACACGUUGAUUCUGAGGAGGAUGUAGAUGAAGAAGCAGAAAAAGAAGUAGAAGAAGUGAUGUCUGUACAUGAUGGUUCUUCUGAUACUCCAUUAAAUAUAAUGGAUUAUCAGCAAGUAUAUGAAAUAAAAAAGGACGAUUUGAAGCCUCUAAGUACAUUU